AUGUACUUGAGAUCAGAGAUGUCUGAGAUUUCUGAUUACAUGAACUACAGUGAGAAAGGAGGAGAGCGUGUAGAAAUGGUGGUGGACAUCUACGACAGCGUGGACGCUGUUAAAGAUCAUAAACCUAAUGCAGAGACAGAAGCCGUGGAUGUAAAGAGCAUACAGAAUGAACCCACAGGAUGGAGAUUCUUCAACAAGAGCGUUUACAACAUUUCUACUGAAAAGAAGAGCUGGGCUGUGAGCAGACAGGACUGCAUAAAGAAAGGAGCAGAUCUGGUGAUCAUAAACAGCAAAGAGGAACAGGAGUUCAUCGAUAAAAGUUUUGGCGGUACUCAAGCUUGGAUUGGUCUGAAUGACAAAGUUACAGAGGGGGAAUUUAAAUGGGUAGAUGGUUCACCACUGACCACUAAGUUCUGGUGGGACGGAGAACCAAAUAAUUAUGAAAAUAAAAAGGACUGUGCUAUAACAGGCUUUGCAAAGGCUAACUCUAACAUCUCGUCCUGGGCAGAUUUUGCCUUAACCUGUGUCAUUAUAGUGUGCACACAGAAAGUGGAGGUUGCUGGAUGCAGAAAGAAGUACCGGACUUCAGUGUUUUAUCGAUCAGAGAUGUCUGAGCUAGCUUCUGAUUAUGUGAACUACACUGAGAGGAGAGGGCAGCACAUGGAGAAGAAGGUGGAAAUUACUACCAACAUAAAGAAAAGCACACAAACUGGACACACAGCAGGAGGCCCGGCAGGGGGCAGAUCUUUCAGACUGACUGCAGUGUGUGUGCUGCUGUUGCUGUAUGUUCUCCUGCUGAUUGCCGUCACAGUGCUGUGGGUUAAAUACAAUAACCUUAAUAGAGAAAAAGACCAGUUACAGAUCAGUAACAACAACCUGAAUAUAGAGAAAGACCAGUUACAGUCCAAUUUAAACCACAUGAAAAACGAGAAAAAACAGUUACAAUUUCAGAAAGACCAACUACUCUGGCACAGAGAUGAGUUACAGCAGGAAAGAUCAAUACUGCAGAUAGCGCUAUUAAAACUAGGAUGGAGAUUUUUCAGCCCGAGAAUAUACACCAUUUCUACUGAAAAGAAGAGCUGGGAGGAGAGCAGACAGGAUUGCAUAAAAAAAGAAGCUGAUCUGGUGAUCAUAAACAGCAGAGAGGAACAGGAGUUCAUCAGUAAAUAUUUCAAUGGUACUGAAGCUUGGAUUGGUCUAACUGACAGCGUCACAGAGGGGCAAUUUAAAUGGGUGGACGGUUCACAACUGACCACUAAGUUCUGGUGGGAAGGGGAGCCAAAUGAUUUUGGACAGAAAGAGGACUGUGUUAUAACAGGCUUUAAAAAUGCUAAAUCUAACAUCUCGUCCUGGGCAGAUUUUUCCUGUGACCGUGCUGUAGCUGGGAUUUGUGAAAUGAAACUAUUUAACUGAGCAGCUGGGAUUCAGUCACUGAAACAAAAAAAAAACUAUAUAAAGCUUGUGUCUGUGCUUUCUUUCCAUUUAUUCUCACAGUAGCAGCUAUCAGGUAGUUUACAUGAUUCUCUCUAACAUUCGUGCAUUUAAAAUAGGAUAAAACUUAAUUCUGUACUUAAAAUACAUCCUGCUUUGGAUUUAAGAAGAGUUUGAACAGGCCAUGCACUGAUGAAAAAGAGUGAGUCUGUGAGAAAAGUGCUUUUUAGUUAUUUACUUGAUUUAUAUAUAAAAUACUGCCAACUUCUCCAUUACUGUAACCGUGUCUCGUUUUUUUUUUGCUUGUUUUUUUUUAACCAGUGGUACAAAAUGUGUAGAAGAUCACAUGACCAUACUGACCACAUUUCAGGAAGACUUUAUGAUGUUUUACAAAGGAAAGUUUGUCUACAAUGAAUGAUUUGGUAUAAAGGAGAGCUGGAUAUCAGUGAACAGUGCAGCACUCAUUACUGGGUCAAAUCUCACUAAUUCAUUGCUGAGUUUCACUGAAUAAAGACAUC